UUGCGAAAAUGGGAGGAAAUCAAUACUAUGUAAGUGAGAAGCCAAAAAAUAGAAAAAAAUGGACGCGAUUGGAAUUGAUUUUGACUUUGAUGGUCAUAAGCUUGGCAAUUUAUGUUUUUUAUUUGAGGAGUUAUAGUCAAAAUGUUGAAGAAUUGCCGAACUAUUGUGAAGAUAUUUCUUGUUAUAAAACCGUUACAGAACUUUAUGAAUUUAUCGACUCAUCCGUCGAUCCUUGUGAGGAUUUUCAUCAGUUUUCGUGUGGCAACUUUUUAGAAACAGUCCAUAAAAAAGAAAUAACAUCUCAAAUAGAGCAAGAACAAACAAGAUUAGAAAACGAAUUAAAUGCCAUGAUUGUUGGACCAAUUUUGAGUAAAAAUUCUCGACCAAUUCAGAUCCAAAAAAUGUUUUUCCAAUCUUGUCUCAAAUUGGAAGACAUUGAAGCAAAUAAAAAUGAGAAAUUUUUAUUUUUGAUCAAAGACAUCGGAGGAUGGCCUCUUCUUGAAGGCAAAAAAUGGAACGAAUCAAAUUUCGAUUGGAAAAAAAUUGUGAUAAAAUGUAGAAAGCUGGGACUUCCGUUUGAGUGGUUUUUAGAGUUUGGUAUUUAUGAAGAAGAUCGAGAUUAUCUUAAAAUUACAUAUCCGAUUCAUAUAAACCGUACACACAAUGUAGACAAAAUUAUUGUCAAUUUAGUUGGAAAAAAAGCAAAUAUAAAAGACGUAAUAGAUUUUGAGCGACGAUUACUGAAUAUCUCACGUCCUGAAACACCUGAAAUAAUUAUAAGAACAAUCUCAGAAUUGCAAAAAAUACAUCCGCCAUUGGACUGGUUAAACUUCCUCAAUAAUAUAACGGAAGAAAGUUACGAGUUUACGGAAGAAACUGAAAUUGCCUCUAAUAUAGAUGAUUACAUUUUAAGAUUGCACAUGCUAUUAACAUCGACUCCAAAGAGCACUCAGGCUAACUAUAUCGUUUGGAAAAUUCUAGAGUAUUUUGCCCCCUACAUACAGAGCGGUGUCGAUAAAAAUUUAGACAGAUUCGAGUUUUGUAAAGAAGCAACAAAAGAAAUGUUCCCUGAAUUAUCUUCCAUUGAAUACAUCCGAAAAUAUCCAACUUCUAAAAUUAGAAAUUCAGUAAAAGAAAUUGCCAUUUUGGUAAAAGAAGAAUUUAUUCAUCGAACUGAAGAUGCCACGUGGUGGAAUGAAACAGAAAAACAGAUGUAUUUGGAUUGGUUUAAAAAUUCUGGCUUGGUAAUAGGAAGCCGGAUUGAAAAUUUUGACGAUGAUUUUUUAGACGACCAAUAUCUACACUUAAAAGAUAUGAUUUUUGAGAAAAAUUCAGAUAUCAUCGAAGUCUUAACUGCAAAAUCUCGAUCAUACUUUAAUUCUAUUUUUAGCAAAAUAAAUAAAACUAGUUUUAUCCCAGAAGAAACUUUUGCAGAUUUAAUGAAAGUCGAUGUGUUUUUUGACCAAAAUAAAAACAAAAUGAUUCUGCCACCUCCUGCUCUACAUGGGUUUCAUUUGGACCACUCCGGUCCACAUUUCAUCAACUUUGCAAGUUUUGGCGUUUCGUUGGCAAAAGUGUAUGUAAACACACUUCGUAUUUUAACCCAAAAUAAAGGAAACUCGACUGACGUUGCGUUUCAAACCAGCGAUAAAUGCCUGGAAGCCGACUAUUUAAAUUUGGGUGAAAAAAAUGAUUUUCCUCCGGAGCUAAUUUCUGAUAUUUUGGGCCGCGAUAUAUCUUACAAAGCUUAUCAAAAAUGGAUCGCGACCCACGUCGACGAAUCCCAACUACCACUCUUACCCUACACACCAAACCAGUUGUUUUGGAUCAAGUCGAGUUUAAUUAACUGCCAACUAAUCGAUUCGACUUUAAACCAUAUCUCGAUCAGACAUUCGCGUCAUUUCGGCAAAGAUUUUUCAUGCGAUAAUAGCCCGAUGAAUCCUCAAGAAAAAUGUUAAAAUGCUUAGUUAAUGCUGACCUUCUAAUAAAACCUAA